GUAGCCACGCCUAUUUUAAAAUGGCGGAUGAAAGGGAGCUAGCAAGAGCUCUUGCUCUUUCUCUUGAAGGUUUAAUGGCUUCCUCCUCGUCCUAUCGAGAAGAGGUAAGGGAGAGAGAAGCAAAUGUGGGUGGAGUUAACACUAGAUCAAGCGAUAACAGAUGGUAUCCAAAUAUGGAAUGUGUACAGGUUCUUUUAUCAAUGGGUAUUUCAGAAAAUGCCGCAUCAAGAGGUCUCUACCAUACCGGGAACACGAGCCCUGAUCUUGCAGCUGCGUGGGUUUUUGACCAUCUAGAAGACCCUAAUCUUCACGAUCCGUUCCAACCACCUCCACUCUCUGUUGAUCCUCCUCCUCCUACUCUACCCACGGAAUCCCGCUCUUUAAAAAUGGUCUUUGUCGUCAAUACGUCUAUCGGUAUGGGCAUCGGGAAGAUUGCUUCGCAAGUGGCUCACGCAACUCUCGCUCUUUAUAAAACCUUGUUACUCUCUCCCUCUGAACAGAGGGUAGUAGAAGAAUGGGAAAUGGGCGGGGCUAAGAAGAUCGUGCUAAAGGGAAGGGACGUUGAUCAUUUAAAAGAACUUGAGGAAGAAGCUAAAAAGAGGAACAUACCUCAUUUUAUGAUUAGCGACGCUGGCAAGACUCAAAUUGAGCCGGGAUCUCUGACUGUCCUUGCCUUAUUUGGUCGUAAUUAUCUCGUCGACGAAGUAACAGGAAAUCUCUCGUUAUUAUGAUAAACUGCUAUAGCUUACAAGUGUUCAUAGUGCCCGUGGCCUGUGGCAGGUGUUUGAGGCUUUCUUUGAAGGAAAAAGCCACACAAUUUCUUACAUAAUAUCCUGAUAGAACUUUAAAUCAUCUCAUACUCUCUCUCUCUCUCUCUCUCCAAGUCACUUUGUCUCUCUCAAGUUUUCUUUUUAUUCCAGACUAUAGUCUAAUGUCUAGUGUGCUUAUUUAUACCUUCAAUAAACAACAACAUGUCUCUACAACCACUUGUAUUAUGUUAAUGUAUCUGUUUAAUAUAUUUUUGUAUAUGUACUUGUAAGCUUGUACAGUUGUUCAUGGUUACCAGUAUGCAUGUACAUGUACAUGUAUGUUUUUGUGGGUGUUGUUGUCCUUUUCCGAAGUGUUUGUGUUCUUUUUAUGUCUUAAGGAUGAUGCAUAAACAUGUA